AUUCACAAGUGGUCGCAUACCUAUUGGGGUUUGCCGAGGUGGGUCCUUUUCUUGCAAAACUACCACAUAGUAUUGCCGCGAAAGCAUCACCGCAUUCAUCAUGUUGCGCCGCAUGAGACAUACUUUUGCAUUACCACUGGCUGGUUGAAUUGGCCACUGGAGAAAAUAAGAUUCUGGCCCACAUUAGAAGCUGUAAUUGAGUACUCAACAGGCUGCAAGGCACGCGAUGAUGACCUAAAGUGGGCCAAAAAGAUGACAUAACUGUGUUGGCGGAUAGUGCAAAAUCCUAAAUUAUAUCCUAUGGACAUGUAUGUACGUGUAAAUGUAUGCACAUUUACCAGCAUUGGUAUUGUGAGAGUUUUUCAAUCACACACACGAAAAUUUAUUGAAAUCUUAUGAGCAUUUUUAUUAAAACGCUGAAUGUACAAAUGCUGAAUACAGGCAUACUGACUACAAGACACUAGUUUGCCUGUAUUAAUUAGAAUUUUUUAAGAUUAUCUACCGCGUAAUCGACACUCACCUAGCCAUACAUACUACACUAUACAUACAUGCAUACAUGUACAUAUGUAUGUAGUUAAUGGAGAAAACAAACAAAUUGCAAUAACAUCAAAUAUCACAAGCAAUUAAUUUAAGUGAACACUAUAAGUGAAUUAGGAGGCUUUUUUUUACAAAUAUACACCACAUAGCGCAUAAUUAAUUAGACGAAGAGAUCAUUUUUACAUAUAUGUACAUAUAUUAUUAAGCUGCUUAAGAACUAAUGAUCAAUUGUUAAAAAAUAUCGGUGCAAAUAAAUAGUCAAAUCAAAUGCCGACUUUAAGGACUGUCCGAAAAAUCUAAACACAUAGUGCAUUUGUUGUUUUUAUUUGUUUAUCUUUUUGAAUCAAUCCGAUUUUUAUAUGAAUUAAGUGUUUAGUUAUUUUAAAUAUAUAUGUAUUUGUUUUAUUAAAUGGUUAGUUCUGUAACGAUAUGGAAUGUCAAAGGAAAUCGGUCAAGUUUUUAUGUAAAAUUUUGAAAAAUUUUUUAGAAUUGCAUUGAAAGUGUCAUUAUUUUGACCAAAUUUUGUUUCCAGAUCUUUUUAGGUUAUAGUCUAAGAGCCCAACAAACUAAACCGAGUAGAAGUAGAGUAGGGGUCCCAAAGACCAUACAUAUAUUUGGUGUCUUCAUGCAUGAGGGAACACGAAAUGGGCCUGCUGCCUCGCCUAAGGCCAGUCAGAGCCCAAAAAAAAAAUUUUUUUUGGGGGAUUCGAGUAUGUCAGGAGUCCCAUAUUCUGAUUGUUCCUUGAGACAGGACAGGGAUUGGGCAAUACGAUUAGGUAGUGCUGCAAGCCCCCCCUAAUUAUCCGUAUCAGUUGCUGCAGCGAGAUAAGCGACGCCUCGCCUGUAGGAUCCGAGUAGCAUCGAGGUCCUCAAAAAACCAAUGCUCAUCUGAAAGAGCAUCAAAUUCUGUGCAAGAACAAUCACCGCUGCAUUUUCCAAACAGUGGUGGACAUGGCUGCUGCAGCGUUUGAAAGUCGCCCUUCUUGUCCAGUCAUUAUACACUUUUGACCUCGCAAAAAUUAAUUCUCGAAUUUUUUCUGGAUCUUAUGCCCUCGGGGGGAUCAGUCUCCGUGUAAAUGGCAAGUGGCGACCAAAUCCAGCGAUUGCGCAUGUCCGAAUUUUGUUUUUUUUUCGAAAAAAUGGUUUUCAUUGAAUAACGUGGCCAUUUUUAAUUUUUAAGAAAACUCAUAAGAACAAAAGUUGUAUGAAAUUCCAUUCUAUACAAGUUUGGUCCUAAUAAUUAUACCCGAGCGCACUUGUG